CCUCCCUCAAAGUUCCAAAAAAAAAAAAAAAAAUGCAAAAAGCAAAAUGAUAUUGAGUUUUCGUUGCCGGGCAGAGAGGAGUCCCACGCUCUGAGCUUCUGGUUCUUCUUCUUCCUCCUUUUCCAUUCUCUUAACUUUUCUUCUUCUGGGUCCGAAAUGAAAUGCUCCAACGAAUUUAGGGUUUUCAAGAUUUCAGUGUCAAAAGGGUAAAAACUAUUUUCUCUGUAAUACUCGUCGUCAAGCUGUUCACAUUAAUUCUCAUAACUGGAGAGAUUGAAUCUAAUUUCCCCAAAAUCGCCAGAAACCCAGAAAUCGAAGCUUAAUUUUCACCCAAAAAUCACAAGUGAAACAGCAAAACAUGUCCAUCGCAAGCCCCAUGGCCAUUUUCCCUUUCGAGUUACACCCAUUUUUCAUUUACUAAUUGGGAAGGGAAAGCAGACCCAGAAAUUUUCUCUUCUGCAAGAGUAAAACCCAGAAGCCUUUUCGGGUUUUGUCAAUUCUGAGCUCACAAAAACCUGAAAAGCUUGUUGGGGUUUUACUGGGAGCAGAAAAAAGUCGCUUUUGAAUUUUUGUGCGGCUGCAAGGAUUGUGAUCACCAGACAAGGAAGGUCUCAGUGCAGAAACGUACUCCAAGGAUGCUAUCUCGUAGUAUAGAUGCCACACAGUUGAAGGAUCCUCAUUCACUUGAAGUUCAUCCGAGAGGUGCCAAUUCUCCCACUGACCCAUCACACAUUAACCCUUCAACAGUUCAGGUGCAGACUGAUUCAAGGCAUCCAGUUGAAAACAGUGCUAGAAAAUUUUCAGAGAUAGAAUCUUUCUCAGAUUCUCAUGGAAUGCAAGUCAGUCAAAUGCCUCCGUCUUAUGUGGUAGCUUCGGAUCAAGAAAGGGAGUGCUCCUCAGUUCCUACGCAAGUAUUUAACAAGCCACAGAAACAGCAACAACAAUUGCACUAUUCAGAGUCAUCACUUAUUAUGCAUGGAAAUGCUGGUGGUACUUUUCACCCGUAUUCAGGGACAAGGGUCAAUACUUCUGCAUUGCCUGUCAAACAGCAACCUUUUGAUGCACAACCAAGGCAAAGUCUACAACAUCAAAGCAUGGGUUCUGCUCAGUCAGGUGGGGAAGCACAUGGAAUGAACAUCAUGAGUAUGUCCAAAAUGGGGAGUCAAAAUUCUAUGAAUGACCCUAGUAGACUGGAAGGUGGAUCUUGUUCUCACUUGAACAAUAAUGCUACUUUAGAACAGAAUCCCAUUCCUUGUAAAUCAUCAAAUAAAGAGCAGAGUUCCAAUCCCUUGUCAUCAAUGGCAUAUGUCAAACAGGGAUCAUUUGAUCAGACUAUUAGGCAGCAACACAACCCCUCAUUGCCUGAUUCACAGGGAUUGCCUUCUGUUUCUGCUGCACUACUUGAACAGGGAAAUGCAUCAUCUGGAAUUCCAAUGAAUGAAGUCUUAGAGAAGUCUUCUAGAUUAGGCGCUUCAACAUCUGUAAGCAUUGCUCCUUCAUCAUCUAAAAGCACAUUGCCCUCAAUUUCUGUUUCUCCUUCCAUCACAAUGCAAGUCAAUCCUAGUGUCUCGUUGGGCCCUCAGAUAACAUCUGGAACCUCGCCUUCUGGGGCUCAUAAGAAAACCCUUCCAAAAAAACGUUCUCUUGGCCAAAACAAGCCACUCGAAACACUUGGUUCAUCACCGUCGCAAUCAAGUAAGAAGCAAAAAGUAUCUGGGACCUUUGUGGAUAUUGCAGAACUGAAUGAUGUCACUUCUGUCAGUGGAGUCAAUCUCGAGGAAGAGGAAGAGCUUCUACUUUCAGGGCCCAAGAAGCAUAGUAAAGCUUCAGAAGCCUCUGGAAAAUUUGUGCAAGAAGAAGAGGAAAGGCUGAUUUUGCAGAAGGCUCCAUUGCAGAAAAAGAUAGGGGAAAUCAUGGUCAAAUGCGGUUUGAAAAGUGUACGACACGAUGUAGAGCGAUGCUUGUCAAUGUGUGUUGAGGAAAGGAUGAGGAGGCUUAUAAAUAAUUUGAUCCGACUGUCAAAGCAGUGGGUUGAUGCUGAAAAAUCAAGACACCACACUACUACUACUUCUGAUGUUUGGCAACAAAUUAUUGAUCUCAAUCAUAAGCCUAGGGAAGAACGGAAAAAGAAGCCGGCUGAGGCAGAAAAGCUCUGGAAGCUAAAUGAAGUGAAUCUCCCUUUAAACAUUUAUUUCCUAUUUUUACAAUGCACACAUGAUAAGCUACUAGUGCAAACUAUAUAUUACAUACAUUUAAUAGGUUUACAUCUAAAACCAAUCGAUCAUUUAGUCUUCUGUGGCUUCCGAGACUUGGUGCAGACAAACAAAAUGGACAAUGACAAAAUGAGGACAGCAGCAGCAAAUGUUGCUGCCCUUGCGGCCGUUGGGGGAGAUGACAUGUUCUCAAAAUGGAAACUUAUGGCACAAGCACGGAAACAACGUGAUGGUGAGAUUGAUGCAGCAUCUAGAGCCCAGCCAGUUCAAGGUGUAAACCGCACACCUACAUCUACAGCUGGAAGAAUUAUGGAGAGUCAAGAAGCAGAAAAAAAGGGUGUUGCUGCAGCUGCUACUUCCAGAAAAGCUGGAAGUAACCAAGUUACCACGACUCACACAAGGAUGGCUCGUAGUAUAUCAGUCAAGGAUAUGAUUGUUGUCUUGGAAAGGGAACCUCAGAUGUCGAAGUCCACUCUGCUGUAUCGGUUGCAUGAGAGAAUCCAAUCCGACACUGCUAUCGCUUCGUCAAAUUGAAAGAAAAGAAAAACAAGGAGAUCCCAUGCAUCAAUCUGUCUGAAGGGUUCUGAUGGCCUUAUCACCCCAUUACAGGGGAGCAUGAAAUUGUUAAAUUUGCAAAUCUCUCGACAGGUAUGAAUCAAGUAGCAUCACAAAACUAAGAGCUUAUGACAUUGGUCACAUAAUUUGUCAAGCAAAUCUUUGUGGUUGACGAGUUUGUAUACAGGCGUGAACCGGUUCUUAAGUAAAAAAAUCUCCUCUCUAUUUGUUUAAGUUUUUAUUUUGAAUA